AUGAAGAGUAAAGAGGAGAAGGAACGACAAGAGCACCACGAAUGUGAAGAGGAGUUUGUUGUCACCUGGACAGAAGCACAAGGACAGAGCCACUGUCCCAAGGAAUCGAGCAAAACUCUACGACCAACAGAUGCUUCUUCCAGCAGGGCUGUGUCUUGUCAUGGCCUUCAUCACAGCAAAGAAGACAUGAAUAUUAAGCUAUCAGCUGCUGCGGGUCUCGAGAGAAGCAACAAGAUGGGUGCAGAAAGCCAAGUAGGAGCCGUGCCAAUGGCUUCUUCCGGCAGGGCUGUAUCUCAUCAUGGCCUUCAUCGCAGCAAAGAAGACAUGAAUAUCAAGCUAUCAGCUGCUGCGGGUCUCAAGAGAAGCAACAAGAUGGGUGCAGAAAGUCAAGUAGGUGCGUUCCAAUGGCUUCUUCCAGCAGGACUGUAUCUCAUCAUGGCCUUCAUCGCAGCAAAGAAGACAUGA